UGAUUUUGUGGGGCAACAUGCCCAGACCUGACUAUAAGAGCCACUCUCUUCUGCUGACCACUAUAGGACUGAGAAAGUGCAGCCUUUUGUGUUCAGUGUAUUCACCAAAAAGAAGCUAAAGCAGAGUGUUAUAUGUUUUUCAAACCAGGUCUUUCAGUAUGAAUAAGCUUUUGGUCUUUAUAGCACUUACAGGACUCCUGUCUUCUGGAGUGGAGAGUUUUAGAAUAUCAGAGAAAGAGUAUGAGAACAUUGACCGAAUGUUGCAGUUUGGAGUUCAAGUAUUUCUGAACUGUUUGGACAAAGUCAAAGAGGCCACUGAGAAACUGGUGAAAGAGGACAUGCUGAGAACAAACAGAAUUGCAAUCCAAGAAAACUGGAAUUCCUUCAGAGAGACAGCCAACAGAAUCAGUGUAGAGGAAAGUGGUAAAGGAGUGCAGGAUGAUUUACUUGUUGCAGCACGCACGGUUCGAAGGCUGGUCCUGCACUAUAAGGAUGAUAUAAAGAAAACGUUCCACUCACUGGCGACGGAGCAGAAUGUUCGGCUGUAUCUACCAGUUGUAAACAUGUUCAAAGGGACCAUUGAAAGAGCCAAAGUCAAAGAAAUCUGGGGCACUUUAGUUGCAAACUACCUUCCUGAUGCUCCGUCAAUCGAAAGUGAACCACUGGCGUUUCUCUGUUACUUGCUGUCCACUAACACUAUGGAAACAUUUAUUGUGAAUGCUCUGAAGUUUGGUGUGGAUGCGAUUUCACAACUGAAAAGCGUUGAUUUUGAUGAAAUAUCUGAAUGGGUGAGAAGCACCUCGUUGGAAAUCCUCCGUAAGUUUUAUGAAAUCGAGCAAACUGAGCAAGAGAUGGAAAGUGAUAAGUUUCUUUUGACAGUUAGAGUUGCCUCCAGAGUGCUUGUUUUUUACUGGGACAGAGUUCUGAACGUUACAGACACUCCUGAAUUGCGAAAACAGUUUGAAAGCAUUUGGUGCCAUGUGGAGGACCGGUAUCUGAUAGUACUCCAUGACUUGCUGACACCAUUGAUGGAAUGGGAAACAGUAAAGGAAUUUUGGGAGCUUCACUUUGAUUUCGCUCGAGAUUUUUACCUUAUUGGCCUUGGAAUAACGUCAAAUGUCUUCUAUUACGCUGGUCCAGAGAGGUGCUCAAGGACUGUCAGUGUUGUGAGCAAGAGCGCUGUUCUCUUCAUUUACCCCAUUUUUAAAACGCUGUCUGAAGAGGGUGUGCUGUGUGCAAUGGAAAAACUGUAUUUAAAAGCUGUGAACACAUCAACUGCCCUGAUAGGCCAUGAGGAGGUUCAGUAUUUUAGAGAGACAAGUUAUAAUAAAUCGAUGGAAUUCAUAAAAGAAAUAAACAGACUCGUUAGAGAAGAGAGACAGAAUCCACAUUUCCUACUUCCCCAAGUGUGGGCUAUUGCACGAAUGUCGUUUAACAAGUUUGGGGCAUUGGCUGACAGAAUCAACGCUGAUAUUGAUGAUCACACAAUAAGAAGCCUGAUAACGAAUUGGGGUAAUUUGAAAAUCAUCUGCGUUAAAAAACUACUGGCCAGUGGAGCGCUUACUCAAGAUGAACUGGAUGAAGCUGAAAGAAUGUUUGUGAACAAAAUGUUUGGAUUCCUCAGCAAAUUCGAUGACUUCACACAAGGAAUGGAUCAAAAGAGGGUUGAAGAUAUAUUUAAGGCUCUGGUCAAAUUGGUGAUGGUGGGACUUAACUUCAUAUAUGCUCCACUGACUCAAGCUUUGGACACCGUAGUGAUCUGAUUGAUCAGACACAGUGAAGCAAUUAUAAUUUCAUUAUUAUCAACUGUUAUGUUAUCUGCCAUCAAUAUUUGUAGCACUUUAUUAAAUUAAAACAAAACUUUUUAAAAUAG